CAAAGGAAUCCAAGCACCGUAUCAAGAUACUACUGGCUCAUUAGAUUGGUACCGUUAGGAUACUUGCUGCUCUUUCGGCUAGCGUUCAAUGACGUUCCCUCAAGUCCUGCUGUUGCCUUGCACCUCAGAGUACUUGCCGGGAACUUCCAACGCCAGCACUUCUUGCUAGCUAAUAGAUCAUCAAUCUUCCUACCAACCUAUUUGAUUACAAUCAUCCGGACAUACGUCCAAGGACGGGACAGCUCUUUUCAUCCGCAAUUCGAGAUACAGGUGUAUAGCGCAGCUGGGUUGACUAGCAAGGCUGUGUCAUAGCCAGCAUGCGCCUUAUUAACACGACGACUCUUCAGCUUGAGGAGUACUUUGACAGAAAGAUUCCGCCAUACGCGAUUCUCUCACAUCGAUGGGAGGAAGAAGAGGUUACCUUUCAGGACAUGAUAGCAGAGGGGGCUGCCAACAGCUUUAAAAUUACUGGUUGCUGUCAACGAGCACGGGAGGACGGCUUGAAAUAUGCUUGGAUCGAUACUUGUUGCAUCGACAAAUCCAGUAGUGCUGAGCUUUCGGAGGCUAUCAAUUCUAUGUUUAAAUGGUAUAAAAAUGCUGAAGUGUGUUAUGCAUACCUAUCGGAUGUUCUAAUCAAUGGAUUUGACUCAACCUCCUUAUCCUCAAUGUUUCGGAGGAGCCGAUGGUUUACCCGCGGAUGGACAUUGCAGGAGCUGUUGGCCCCUCACACGAUUAUAUUCUUCGAUAUCACGUGGACAGAGAUCGGAACGAAACUACAGCUAAGACCAUUGAUUGAGCAAAUCACUGGCAUUACACACCUUCUCAAUUUCAACAGAGCUUCAAUUGCUCAAAAAAUGUCAUGGGCGGCUGAGCGAGUGACAACGAGAGUUGAAGACCAAGCCUAUUGUUUAAUGGGUCUCUUUGGUGUCAAUAUGCCUCCGCUCUAUGGAGAAGGAGAUAAUGCUUUCCGAAGAUUACAGCUUGAGAUAUUGGAGGUGUCAGACGACGAGUCAAUAUUUGCCUGGAAAGAGGACCUUCUGUGGGACACAGCUGGGCGCAUGCAAUCGAAUUUGACUUUGCUUCAGCGCUGA